AAACUGGUUUACGCUACAGGCACUGCGAGAAAACAGUGCGAGAUAUUUAGGAGUUUCAUUUCAGCACUACGCUCAGCCUGGACAGCGACUACGCACUAAACUCCGACUUCUUUCCCGUUUUUUCCUGAAUGCGAGCAGAGAAGAGCCUGCUGACCGUAAAAACGGUACUGGAUCUUAUCAACUGUAAAUCAACGUAGACUGGCUUGCAGCGAUUUCGGUUCCCUGGUCAUUUGGCUGCCGAGGAUGUCUGAGCUUAGCACCGAUCGCAGGUUCCACAACCUGACCAAGGAACAGAUCCAGACCUUAGACCAGGUUCUGACAGAGGUCAUUCCCAUACACGGAAGAGGCAAUUUUCCCACGCUUGAGGUAAAGCCAAAAGACAUCAUCCACGUGGUGAGGGACAAGCUGAAGGAGAAACAUAUUAAAGUGAGGGAUGUUCGCCUCAAUGGCUCUACUGCCAGCCAUGUGCUUGUUAAGGAGAAUGGCACCAGUUACAAGGACCUAGACAUCAUCUUUGGGGUUGAGCUGCCAAGACAGGAGGAUUUCCAGAUCAUCAAGGAGGUGGUGCUUGGCUGUCUGCUAGAUUUCCUACCCCGAGGCGUCAACAAGGACAAGAUCACAGCCCUGACCAUGAAGGAAGCUUAUGUUCAGAAGAUGGUCAAAGUCUUCAACGAGCAUGACCGUUGGAGCCUCAUUUCGCUUUCCAACAAUAGCGGCAAGAACGUGGAGCUGAAGUUUGUCAGCUCCUUGCGUAGGCAGUUUGAGUUCAGUGUGGACUCAUUUCAGAUCAUCCUGGAUCGCAUGCUUGAGUCUUAUCUGGAGGCUGAGAGAAGGCAGGAGGCCCGGUGUAAGAAUGAGGAGAGGAGACCGUGUACGACUGAGAGUGGCAAUCAAGUCACCUCACUGGCAGAAGAGUCUCACCCUACUUCAUCUGAUAUGACUCAAUCAAGUCAAGUCCAGCCAGAUAAGGUAGAGGACAUACCAAGCUGUGAUGACAGUCAAUGCAAUGAGAAACAGGAAGUGACACAAGAUGGGGAGUGGCCAUUACCGAUGGAAGGCGCUGCAGCUGAGGUGAUGGAUCCCCCUGAACAAAUGGAAGUUAUUGAACCAGAUGGAGAGACGCCGACAGAAAAUGAACAAGAGCUGCUGGAAAAGACAGAGAUUGAAGAUAAAAUAAUGGCAGAAAACGAGGUUGGCACUCCCAGCACCGAAACAAAGGGACAAUAUCCGAAAACAUCUGAAGAAAUGUUUAUCACAGAAAAUGAAGCGGAACCAGAAAACUCAGAGAAGCCACAACCAACUGAAAAAACAUCAAUCAAGGAUCCCGUGGCUCUUAAUGUACCCUGCGAACCUACAUUUCAGUCCUGCACAUGUCUCACACAGACAGCACUAGACUCUUACAUGGAAUUCCCUUUGCCUCCUCCAGCCAAAAAGUCCUACAAAAAAUCCCAAAUGGUCAUCCUAAAACAUUCAUCACCAAAACCUCCAAGGAAAAUGUCCAAGAAAGUGACAAGCGUGCCAAUCCCUCUUGCACAAACACCUUCAGAAAAUGAGCCCCCAUUCCUUCUGGAGCAGCCAUUAGCUUCGGCUAAAAUAAACCUCAAAGAAUCAAUACCUAUUCCAGAUAAAGUGCCAAACCCUGUUUGCUCACAGGCUCCUGACAUCACCUCACAGGGCAAAGAAUGUUCAGAGAAAAAAUCAGACAUGCCAACCACAGCCGACAAACUCACCACCCAGGAGAGUGACACAGAGUCACAGAAAAAGACAACAUGCUCUCAACCAAAUGAAUCAAAAACCUCAGAUCAUGAAUUAUUUCCUCCUGGUGCAGAAUCAGAGGUCACGGAGCUUGAUAAAAAGGACAAGGACCUUCUCAUUCAAAACCCUUUUAAAGAUGAACCAUCACCGUCUUGUCAUUUACCUGAACCUCCUGUUCGAGUUCCUUAUUCUACUUGCUCAGUAGUAGACUCUGCUGUCCAGGUUUCAGAGGUGAUCGUCCAGGUACCAGAACAUCCUGUUCAGGUGCUUGAUUUUGCUGUCCAGGUCCCAGAACCUGGUAUCCAGGAACUACAACAGGCAGUCCUGGGAACAGAGCUCGAAGCCCUGGAAAUGCAGUCUUCUACAGAAGGAACAAAACAUGCUGAUCCAUUAGUAGAUUUAACACCACAGGUAGCAGUGUUUGCUUCCCAGGUAACAUGUCCUGCUGCCCUCAUGUCAGAGCCUAUUUGUAAGUUACCAGAACCUGCUUUCCAGGAACAACAAUUUGCCCCAGAUACAGACACGCAGGUCGGAGACAAACCAGAAAGUCAGCCAACCGAGUCCUCGCCACUUAGAGAACUGCCCGACAUUACAGUGGUAGCAGAGAGCAUGUACGGUGACUUUGAACAAGCCAUGGACCAUCUGCGCUACCGUCUCAUAGCCACACGCAACCCGGAGGAGAUCAGGGGUGGUGGCCUCCUGAAGUACAGCAACCUGCUGGUGCGUGAGUUCAAGCCAGCCAGCGAGACCGAGAUCAAGACCCUGGAGCGCUACAUGUGCUCACGCUUCUUCAUCGACUUCCCCGACGUCAACGAGCAGCAACGCAAGAUCGAGUCGUACUUGCGCAACCACUUCAUUGGCGAGGAGAAGAGCAAGUACGACUACCUGAUGACUCUGCGGAGGGUAGUCAAUGAAAGCACCGUGUGUCUGAUGGGCCAUGAGCGCCGACAGACCCUCAACAUGAUUACCAUCCUGGCCCUCAAGGUUCUCGGGGAGCAGAAUAUCAUCCCUAACACCACCAACGUCACAUGCUACUACCAGCCCGCGCCAUAUAUGGCUGACCACAACUUCAGCAACUACUACAUCGCCCAUGGCCAGCCACCACUCAUUUACCACCCUUACCCAAUGCACAUGCACAUAGAGACUGGCUUAGUCUAGUACAUGAACAGCAGACAAAAGCAGCCACUGUGUUAAAAAAAAAAAAAGAAACAUAAUGCUAAGCAUGAGAGAGAUCAGCCCCAAAAACCAAACUAAAGAAUUGUCCGAUAAAGUGCACAAGUGCUCGAACCACCCGGGGCUGAUUUUGGGUCUAAAUGCCGGAAACAAAAAUCGACAUCUGAGAGACCCCAUCGGCUUCUGAAGCAUCGCUCAUGGGGAAAGCACCGCUGACGACCGUUUUAAAGUCAAACUAGACCCAACACACCACUCUAGACAAACACGUCCCAAACGUGUCCCCUGGCCGUCACAGGCAACGUGUGUCUGUAGCCAGGAGGGAGGGAGGCGUUGGGCUCGUGGGUGGAGAGAGGGAGCUAACAGUGGGGAGUCGGGGUUGAUGACCACAGGUGUGGAUGAACUUGGGGCUUGCCGAAUAGCGAGGUGUGUAGCUGUAGAGAGGGUCUUCUCGAACAAACACCCACUAUUUUCCUUUCAUUCAGUCACCGCAGGUUAGAUCCACUUCAGCGCUGGAGCGUAAAACAUUGUGACGAGGCACAGGACCGUUUCAAUCCAAUCUGCAGAAUUUCUGUCAAGCACUUGGGAAAUGUUCUGAUAGAUCCAGAAGUCAAGAGACUGCUCCUUCUGCCACAUUUAUAAAUAUCCUGCUGUAGAAAUUAGAAGAAAAAAAUGGAAAAAAAAAACAAUGGUAAUAAGAACUGAAAUUACUGCACAAUGACUCUUCCAUGAAAAAAAUACACAGUUGCGGCAAUUAGCUUAAGAGAUGAACUUGAAGGUCACUAUUACAGCCCCUUUAAACAGAGUAAACUUUGUGUCCCUCGCCAGGGAGUUUCUAUCUAUCGAAAAGAUCAGGGGCUAAGGCAAGUUCAUCUGGGGCUUUUUUUUUUGAAGGAAAAUUGACAUCGGGGCUAAGACACCCAGGCCUAGACUUAAGAUACUCGGGGCUAUAGCCCUGAUUGACCGGACCUAACGACUCCCAUGUCCCUCGCUGUUAUUUGCAGACUAAGAACCCACCAGCUAUGUAAAUGCCAAUGAUGGCAUGAAAGUGAAGAUUCAUGUGGGAAGAGUUAGUUACAAUGACACUGGCUGCACAUUUCCCGUGUACCGCAGGUGGACUGGCUAUUGAUUUUAAUUAUCGCACUUGGUCGUUCACCUAUAUAGAAAAAUACAAACACUGAUUUAUUUCAACAGAAAAAUCUUUUACACUUUAAAGUGAUUUAAUGGUGACUUUCACUGUAUUUCUGUAUCCAUUGCUAGUAGGCGAUAGAAUCUUAUGAAACUUUUAAAAACGCGUGCGAUUUACAGCAAACCCGAAGGUAGUCUUGUGCUACGUUUGCGCAAUCUUCGUUUGUUUUGCAUCUGUUUUGCCAGAAAGUAUCCGUAUGAAACAUGGUGACUAGGAUGUGCGACAUGCCAAAUUUAUUUAUUUAUUAUUAUUAUUUUUAAAGCCGGGGUCAGAUUUCAAUAAAAAUAUUUCUGAGGGAAAAAAAAACCAUUCUUGGCAAUUUCACAUUUUUUUCCAGAAAAAAAGUCUGAUGAAAAGCACGUUAUAAUUGAGUACCCUGUUUUUAAUGCACUGUGUAGGUGUCCUUUGUGUAUCGAUGAUGCACAUUGUUCAGUUUAUAUAAUGAAAUAUAAUGAGUCCUGACGAAUUAAUAUGACCUACGGUUUAUUGUUCACUCUCAAAGGAGCUCGACGAGACGUGUGCAUCCCCUUUGCCACACAUUCCACCCACAGGCGUAAAAAUGCCAAUUUUUGUAACCAAGCAAAAAAAAAACAAUCCAUCUAGGUUUUAAAGACUUUCAGACUGUGCCAAAAUCACGUUCACGUGUGCGCAUGCACGCGUAAACAUGCACGCACACACUUCUUGUUUUAGAAGUGUAUAUAUGUGCAAUAUAUAAAAGGUCAAGAUGUUGAUCGUGAAUACAAAGUAUAGUGACAUUGGUCGUUCAGUCAGUAGUCUAAGGGUCUGCAGCAGGGACUGGAUGUAAGGUCUGAUUUUUAUGGGUUAUUGUAAAGAUGUAAGUAGUUCGUUCUGUGAAGUUUCGCCUUGCUGUUGUGUUCUGAUGUGCACGCCCCCUUCAGAGUCUCGCUCUCCUUGUCUCUGUGCUUGUUUGUUAAUCUCCUUCGUGAGAUCCGAUCGCUGCCAGGAAAAUGAUUAUCACUGUGGUGAGUAUCUGGGUCCGGCCGUUUUCAGCGGCGGGGCUUCGUCGGUCGCCGUGAGAACGCCGGAGGUGGGGCUGGAGUCAAAGAAGUAAUGCUGCUCCUUUGCCGAAGUGAAACGCUGUCAGGUCCAGGAUCAGGUCCUACCCAGGCCUAAGGACAGAAUUGCCGGGAAGCAACAGCAACUGCCCGAAACUUGACCAAAGAUGGGUUUCGAGGAAAAAAACUCACAAAAGUGCCUAUAACUGAUAUCACAACAGCAUGUCUAUGAAAAAAAAGAAUCUUUGAAAUAUCUUGGAAUGUCGGAUACUUGUAUCAGGUGUUUCUUAUAUCGUCCCCUUUAGUGCUGCCUGUGUUGAUGUCCACUGUAGUAAUUUUUCAUUAUGUGCUUGGUUUGG